CACCUUCUUGAGAAUAAAAUGAAAAGAAUAGAGAUACUCUAAAACAAAUAGCCAUUGUAUCUUCCAUCACUGAGUGUAUCAUUCUUGCGCUGGUUGCGCUGCAGUGAUUAAAAUAGAUGGAAGCUUUCAAAUUGAUAUUAUUUUAUUAUUGCCUUUCUUUUCUGAACCAAACGUCUAGGAAGUCCCCCUUUUUUUUCCGAAUUGAAUACAACAGCCCUUGGAAGUAAAGGAACACCGACACGGGGUGUACAGAGGGACUAGCAUAACCAUUGAUCCUUGCUUGUCUGACAAGGGCGUAUCCUCUUUGCUUCACCUUCAAAUGUUUGCUUAUGGAGCACUCUCUCCACGAAUGAUCCGAGCGAAAUGUAGAUAUGAUAGAACAGUUAUCAAGCAACACAAUGCCUUGUGCCUCAAGUCACUUAUGACCGAUGCCAAAAAGACCAUGAUUCCUAAACCCAGCAAGCCAUUUGCACCCACCUAUGUUGCCAAAUCAGUAGAAGAGGGCUGGUAUGAGUGGUGGCAAUCCCAAGGUCUCUUCAGAGCUAGCAGCUCAGAUUUUAUACCAGCCAUUCAAGAAAAGAAGCCAUUCACCAUGAUCACUCCUCCACCCAAUGUGACAGGAUCAUUGCACAUUGGUCAUGCAUUGACAUUUAGUGUUCAAGAUGCCAUAGUACGAUGGCGACGUAUGAAUGGGUAUGACGUGCAAUGGAUUCCGGGCACUGAUCAUGCUGGUAUUGGCACACAAUCCGUGGUAGAGAAGAUGCUCAUGAAAGAGCGUGGAUUGACACGCUAUGAUUUGGGUCGAGAAGCAUUCAUUGAUGAGGUGUGGAAAUGGAAAGAAAAGUAUGGUAACCAUAUCUUGCAUCAAAUGAGACGUAUGGGUGCUUCAUUGGAUUGGGAAAAGGAAUUCUUCACAAUGGAUCGGGAUCGUUAUGAAGCAGUACAGAAUGCAUUUAUGCGCUUGCAUAAAGAUGGAUUGAUUUAUCGAGAUACUCGCCUUGUGAAUUGGUGUUGUGCAUUAGAAACUGUGAUUUCAGACAUUGAAGUGGAUUAUAAGGACAUUACAGGAAAGACGCUGGUCCCUUUGCCUGGCAGAUCUAAGCCAGUUGAAUUUGGUGUUUUACACAACUUUUCAUACAAAGUGAUUGACCCUAAAAUAGACGGUAUUCAAGAAUUGACAGUAUCUACAACACGUAUUGAAACCAUGCUUGGUGAUUGUGCUGUAGCCAUUCAUCCUCAAGAUGAAAGAUACAAGAGUCUCCAUGGUAAAUAUGUUUAUCAUCCUAUUCUUAAAAAGGAAAUUCCUAUUGUAUGUGAUGAAGAACUUGUUGAUAUGGAAUUUGGUACUGGUGUUGUUAAGAUUACGCCUGCUCAUGAUCCAAAUGAUUAUAGCUGUGCUCGUCGCCAUAACCUUCCUAUUCAAAGCAUUUUCGAUAAACUAGGCAAAUUGAAUGAACAUUGUGGAUUGCCUGAACUAGUGGGACAUGAUCGAUUUGAAGUACGGGAGACUAUUAUUGACAUGUUGACUCGGUUAGGAAGCUAUAAAGGAAGAAACGAUAAUCAUGUCAUGCGUAUUGCUGUCUGUUCAAGAUCUGGGGAUGUUAUUGAACCCUUAUUACAACCACAAUGGUACAUUAAAUGCAAAGAACUUGCUGCUAUAUCCAAAAAGCAAGUAGAAGACAAUAGAAUGACCAUCGUACCUGAUCAUUUCACUCAGGAUUGGUAUAGAUGGUUAGACAACAUUCAAGAUUGGUGUAUCUCUCGACAGUUAUGGUGGGGACAUGAGAUUCCAGCCUAUCAGAUCAAGACAGCAACAGGUCAACACAAAGAGUUGUGGGUAGUAGGGUCUGACAAGAAUGAAGCUAAUUCGAGAGCUGUGGAACUGUUAGAAAAAGAAGGCUAUCCUAAAGAUACCCCUUUUGAGCUUAUCAAAGAUGACGAUGUGUUGGAUACAUGGUUCUCUUCUGGUCUAUUGCCUCUUUCGGCUUUAGGAUGGAAAGGUAGAGAAGGAGAGGAUAUUCCGAACCGUUAUCCACUUCAAGUAAUGGAAACUGGAUUUGAUAUUCUCUUUUUUUGGGUUGCACGAAUGGCUAUGUUAUCAAACCAUUUUGCAAACGAAAAUGUACCUUUUGAGACCAUUUAUUUACAUGCUAUGGUGCGUGAUGCUCAAGGGCGUAAAAUGUCCAAGUCACUUGGAAAUGUCAUUGACCCAUUGCAUGUCAUUGAAGGCGUGAGUCUACAGAGUAUGAAGGACAGUCUCCGUACCUCAAAUCUGCCCCAAAAGGAAAUUGGAACGAGUAUUCGCAAUUUAGAAAAGGAAUAUCCAAACGGUAUUCCGCCUUGUGGCACAGAUUCAUUACGAUUUGCUUUGGUUCAAUACACACAACAAACAAGACAAAUCAAUCUAGACAUUUCAAAUGUAAUUCAGACUUCGCACUUUUGCAACAAGCUAUGGAAUCUUUUUAAAUUUGGUCUUGGUCGCCUAGAACAAAACCCUGGUCUUGAACUUGAUAGCAUGUCUAUCAUAAAAGAAGCUCAUCAUAGUACACUUGCUAACCGUUAUAUACUGUCUCGUAUGGCAGAUACAGUCAGUAAAUGUCAUCAAGCAUUUGAGAAUUCUCGUCUUUUUGAAGCUACAGACGCAUUGCGUCGAUUUGUUGUGGAAGACGUAUGUGAUGUCUAUGUUGAAUUUUCUAAAUCCAACCUGAGUAAACCAGAAUUAAGUGAAAAAGAAAAGAAUUCAACUUUGAAGAUUUUACAUGCAUGCAUGGACAUCUCGAUACGUUUGGCUCACCCCUUUAUGCCUUUUGUCACUGAAGAAUUAUGGCAACAUAUGAAAUCAACUUUGCCAGAGUUAAACCAUCAUUCCAAUGCACCGUCCUUAAUGGUAGAAAGAUACCCAGAUAAUACUUCUUUUGCCCAAAUGUAUGAUAGACAAGUAGAAGACCACUUUAAAGUCGUACUUUCUAUCAUUCAUGCCUCCAGAUCAUUAAGACAAGGAAACCAAAUCAGCAUUGGAAAAGAACUUCCUUUUACCAUUGUGUAUGAUGAUGUUAAAAUAUUAGAUGACAAUGGUCCUCUCAAGCUAUACAUGAAUGAAAUCAAAGGUUUUGUAAAAGCAUCUCAUAUCACACUUGUAGAUACACAGGCAAACAUGAAUAUGAACACAUGGACUACAAAAGCGAUAGAUGAUAAACUAAAGAUCCUUGUCCCAACCACGGCUAUUGUAAAGGCUCAACUCGAAGCAGCUGCAUCUAAAGGUGUUGACAUAGAAACAGUCAUUCAGAACAAGAAUGCACAACUCACUAAAAAACUAACCAAAGUAGAACUGGACCUUGAGAAAUUAAACAUUCGUAUGAGCAAACCAGGCUAUGAAAGCGCUGUACCAGAAAAUGUCAAAGAAAAGAACAAUCAAAGAUUGACAAUGCUUUUAUUGGAGAAAAACGCACUUCAAAAUGAUCUAAAUACGUUAGAUUUAAUCAUGCAAGAAAGAAAAUAAAUAUUUCAAAAUGACGCAAAGAAAAAGAAAAUAGAAAAAGACA